CAGCAGGCGCGGCCGCGGGAGGAAGUCCUUUGUUGCUGCAGCAGGAGGAGGCGGCCGCGCCGGGAGAGUGGCUGGAGACCCCUCCGGCCCUGGCGCGGACGCUCCCCGACCCACCCGCACGCUCCGGCCUCGGUUGGAGAAGGAAGAGCUCUGCCCAACUCACAAGCUGAAAGAUGCUGGCAGGCUGGAAUGGUUGCUGAAGAGACCUUCAAGGAUGAUAAAGUUUAGAAAGCUGCAGGAACUGGGCCACUGAUCCAAGCUCAAGAUGGCCCGGACGAGCCACAGCAACUAUGUACUCCAACAGCUCAACAACCAGAGGGAGUGGGGAUUUCUUUGCGAUUGCUGCAUCGCGAUUGAUGAUAUCUACUUCCAGGCACACAAAGCAGUCCUGGCGGCCUGCAGCUCCUAUUUUAGGAUGUUUUUCAUGAGCCAACAGCACAGCACGGCACAGCUGAACCUCAGCAAUAUGAAGAUUACAGCGGAAUGCUUUGAUCUCAUUUUACAGUUUAUGUAUUUAGGGAAAAUCCUGACGGCUCCAGCCAACUUUGAGCAGUUUAAAGUUGCCAUGAAUUCCCUGCAGCUCUAUAAUGUGCCUGAGUGUCUAGAAGACAUACAAGACACACACUCUUCUAGUUUACCAUGCUCCUCUUCCGCUUCCAGCACUCAAAAUAGCAAAAUGGUUUUUGGCGUGCGGAUGUACGAAGACAAGCUGCCUAGAAACGGGAGUGAAGCAAACAGGUGGGGUGUCGAGCCGCCGACUUCCACUGUGAGCACAUCCCAGAGCAGAGAGGCUGACGACGAAGCUUUGCAGCUCAGCAGUUUCUCUGAGCAGCCCUUGGAGGGCUGCAAAAGGGGUGCCGGGCCCAAGCUGUCGAGCACCAAGGACCGACUGUCCAAUUCACGGCGCUUUGGCAGGAGCUUCACCUGCGAUGGCUGCGGCUUCAGUUUCAGUUGCGAGCGACUGUUGGAUGAACACAUCAUGUCAUGCACAAACAGGCAUUCGUAUCAGAAUGCCAGGUAUUACGGGACUGAGAGGAAAGACAGUGCCGAGAGAGACUCUGCUUCAAAACUGCCAUCCUCGCAGUCAGACAAAUACAAAGGUGAUGGAAGCCAAGCUGCGGAUAGGUCUUCGUCCCCAGCCUCCAAUGUAACGAGCGGAAAAGGCAGUGCUGUUUCAUCAGAGCUGUUAGGUGAAGAGCGAAGCCGGGCUGCUGAAAGGAAAAGGAUUGUUGUCAAGAUGGAGCCAGAUCACAAUCCGGUGGAUGACCUGAAAGAGUUUAACAUUAUUAAGGUGACUGAAGGUAACGAUUCCACCGACAAUGAUGAAUUGGAUGACGAUGACCCAGUUUAUAGGUACUACAUUGAGGAGGAGGUCAAUGAGAACAGAAGUGUGAGGAAGGCUCUCUUGAAGCCUCACAUGCCUAUCGAGGCAGGGGCCAGGAAGUAUUUCAGAAGCACCAGAGUCCUUAAUAACAAAGUCAGUGCCAUCAAGGAAGUCACGGAAAACGCAUCCUGUGAACUGUGUGGACUGACCAUCACAGAAGAAGACCUGUCUUCUCAUUAUUUAUCCAAGCACAUAGAAAAUAUAUGUGCGUGUGGGAAAUGUGGCCAAAUAUUAGUCAAAGGGCGGCAGUUGCAGGAUCAUGCAGAGACCUGUGGAGAGCCCCAAGACCUGACCACCAGUGGCUUAAGGAAUGCGGAAGAGAAAAUUGACAUGGAGGGGAGUCCCGAGGAGCAGUCUGAAAACCAGGAGAUGAUGUAUGUAGAGAUGCUAGACGAGUUUGGGGACAGUCAUUUCCAGAUGAACAGCCUCCCGAAAAAGCAACUCUACAGGGAUUCAGCUUGCCCUUUCCGGUGCCCUAACUGCGGCCUGCGUUUCGAAACGGAAAAUUUAGUGGUUGAACACAUGUCCAGCUGCCUGGAGCAAGAUCUGUUCAAGAAUGCCAUCAUGGAAGAGAACGAAAGAGACCACCGGCGCAAGCAUUUCUGCACUCUUUGUGGGAAGGGGUUUUACCAGCGUUGUCACUUGCGGGAACACUAUACUGUGCACACCAAGGAAAAGCAAUUCGUGUGUCAGACAUGCGGGAAGCAGUUUCUACGGGAACGACAGCUGCGCCUCCACAACGACAUGCACAAGGGCAUGGCCAGAUACGUCUGUUCCAUUUGCGACCAAGGAAACUUCCGCAAACACGAUCACGUCCGGCACAUGAUAUCCCACCUUUCAGCUGGAGAGACAAUAUGCCAGGUCUGCUUUCAGAUUUUCCCAAAUAAUGAACAACUUGAGCAGCACAUGGAUGUCCACCUGUAUACAUGCGGUGUUUGUGGUGCCAAAUUUAAUCUAAGGAAAGAUAUGAGAUCUCACUAUAAUGCCAAGCAUUUAAAAAGAACAUGAACACAUAAUGCUUAGUGUUAAGGACUGAAGCAGAAGCAAAUGGAACACCAAAGCAAGGCAAACAAUAGUGCAUAAAGGAAAUUAGGGGCCCAAUCCUGUGCAUGUUUAACCAGAAAAAAGGCCUAUGGCUCCCAACAUGCUGCCUGGAGAGCGGUAGGUCUUUUUUUCUCUAUGAACAUGCCCUAGGAUUGCACUUUAAGUGGCCUGUUUGAAAAUGACUGUUCAUCUUUAAAGAGCCUUUAAAUCCUGUGUGUCGUCAUUUAACGUCUUAAAACUACAGACCAUUGGAAAGCAAAUGUUUAAUUAUUGCAUUUUUACUCUUGCCUCAUGUCAGUUUCUAAAUUUUUCUUCCUGCUUUCUUAAGUUGAUGAAUCAAAUCUUUCUUUCUAAGCUCUAGAUUUUAAAAGCACCCUGUAGUAUUAUUCCAGUCACUGGCUUUUAUUAAACAGCUUUUCAGUUCCAUCAA